CGGACACGCAUGCGCCACUCCCGGGACUUGUUGCCGGGGUUCGUAACUGCGGGAGCGGGACGGUGGGCCGGCGACGCGCCCCGUGUGGCGACCAGGCAGAAAGGGCAGGGGAGGGGAGGCCGCCCCGCUGCAGCUUCCAGAACAGUGCUGUCAUCAGAGCCGGGUGCUUUCCUCUCACAGAGGCGUGAUGCCAGAACAGUAGUGCCCCUGGACUUGUGAUGAGUAUCUACAAUAUUUGCUUUCAAAGGAUAGAGUUUUCGGGGGGAAAGACAAAAUGAACCCUUUCUUUUUUCUGGGUUUUGGACAUUCUCAUCUAGUCUACUUCUGGAACAGAAGUUUACCUUUCAACUCAACAAAUGAGACAUACUGCUACAGCACUGCCCAGGGCAGCACGGUGCUCCAAGGAGUAACUUUUGGUGGAAUCCCAACUGUCCUGCUGCUUGAUGUAACCUGCUUUUUUAUUUUAAUAUUACUGUUUUCCAUUAUAAGAAAGAGAUUCUGGGACUAUGGUCGUGUUGCUCUGGUGUCAGAAGCUCAAAGUGAAUCAAGAUACAACCGAUUGUCAACAUCUUCAUCAGUACCUGAAGAUCUUGAAUAUGAUAGGGGGUUUUGUUCUUGGAUGACAGCUGCUUUUCGGAUGCACGAUGACGAGAUUCAUGAGAGAUGUGGUGAAGAUGCCAUACAUUACCUUGCCUUCCAGCGUCACAUCAUCUGCUUGUUGAUUGCUGUCAGCAUUUUGUCUGUGUGUGUCAUAUUGCCUGUCAACCUAUCGGGUGAUCUACUUGAUAAAGAUCCCUAUAGUUUUGGAAGAACAACUAUAGUAAACUUACAAACUGGUAAUAAUCUUCUUUGGCUGCACACAGUUUUUGCUGUUGUUUACCUGAUUCUGACUGUUGUCUUCAUGAGACAUCACAUGAAGUAUGUCACAUAUAAAGAGGAAAACAUGGUUAAGUGCACAUUGUUUAUAACUGGUCUUCCAAAAAAUGCAAAAGAAGAGACAAUACAUGGCCAUUUCACUGCUGCCUACCCAACCUGCACUGUGCUGGAGGUCCAGCUGUGUUAUGAUGUAGCCAAGCUUAUUCGUCUUUUCAAAAAAAGAAAACAGGCAGAAAAAAGCCUGACUUACUAUGAACACCUGCAUCAGAAGUAUGGCAAGCGGGUCCAAAUCAACCCUAAGCCGUGUGGUCAAUUCUGCUGUUGUGAAAUGAGAGGAUGUGAAAGGGAGGAUGCUGUAGAUUACUAUACCAAAGUUAGAAAUGAACUGAUGGAAGAGUAUUCAAAAGAAGAACAAGCUGUUCAUAAUAACCCACUGGGAAUGGCUUUUGUAACAUUUCAAGAGAAAUCCAUGGCAACCUAUAUUCUUAAGGACUUCAAUGCCUGCAAAUGUCAGAGUAUUAAAUGUAAAGGAGAACCCCAGCCAUCAUCCUACAGCAGGGAGCUGUGCGUGUCAAACUGGGAGGUUACAUACGCUCCUUAUCCUGAGAAUAUUUGUUGGAAAAAUCUUUCAGUGCAUGGACUGAAAUGGUGGUUUAGAUGGGCUUGCAUUAAUUUACUUCUUUUUAUUGUGCUGUUUUUUCUUACGACUCCUUCCAUAAUCAUCUCAACCAUGGACAAGUUCAAUGUCACUAAACCAAUUCACUACCUUAAUAAUCCCAUCAUCAGUCAGUUUUUCCCAACGCUCUUGCUCUGGUCCUUCUCAGCUUUGCUACCAACAAUUGUCUAUUACUCAACUUUGCUGGAGUCCCACUGGACAAAAUCUGCAGAGAACAGAAUAAUGAUGCAUAAAGUCUACAUAUUUUUGAUCUUCAUGGUAUUGAUUCUGCCCUCCCUUGGUCUGACCAGCCUGGAUUUUUUUUUCCGUUGGCUGUUUGACAGAGAAUCUUCUGAUUCUGCAGUUAGGCUGGAAUGUGUCUUUCUGCCUGACCAGGGAGCCUUCUUUGUCAACUAUGUGAUUGCCUCUGCUUUCAUUGGCAAUGGGAUGGAGCUGCUGCGCCUGCCUGGCCUCAUCCUUUACACCAUACGCAUGAUAAUGGCCAAGUCCACAGCAGAAAGGAAAAAUAUUAAACAGCAACAAGCAUUUGAAUAUGAAUUUGGAGCAAUGUAUGCCUGGACGUUGUGCGUGUUCACUGUCAUCAUGGCCUAUAGCAUUACGUGUCCCAUCAUUGUCCCAUUUGGUUUAAUAUAUAUACUCCUGAAGCACAUGGUUGACCGUUAUAACCUUUAUUAUGCAUAUCUUCCUGCCAAGCUGGAGAAGAAGAUGCACUUUGCAGCUGUGAAUCAGGCCCUUGCAGCUCCAAUUCUCUGCCUUUUCUGGCUCUAUUUUUUCUCAUUUUUGCGGCUAGGCUUUAAAGCACCUACAACCAUGUUUACCUUCCUAGUUGUCAACAUCACAAUUGUUAUUUGCUUGGCUUAUACUUGUUUUGGCUGUUUCAAGUACCUGAGCCCACUGAAUUAUAAGAUAGAAGACACACAAUGUGAAAGAGGAAACGACACAGAUGUACCAGCCAUCCCAACAUCUUCUAUGUACGUCCCCCGAGUUUUGCAUCCUUAUUCUACAGAAAGGACGAUGUUUGCCCAUUCGGAGCAGCAAUCAUAUGGCACUAUGGACAACACUAAUUCACAGGCAGAAGAAAUCAUAAACUAUUCUGCUGGACCUGCAAUUAUUGAGCAGGCAUCGAGGGGUUCGCUUUGAAUGCCAAGGACUAACACAAGGUGGAGCACUUGGUCCAGGUUUACCAGAACUAAUUCCCCACCACCAGCUACUAAGUAUUCUGUUUUAUUUACAUAUUCCUGCCUACAGAAGAGGUACAGAAAUUAUUCAUUGUGUGGUCUGCAGCUGUGCUUGGAGAUUAAAAAGCGGAUGCCUUGGGACUGAUUGUUUUCCAGGCUGUCUACAUGCAUUACAAAACAAACACGUUGAACACAGAGAUGCUGAUCCUCAGGGAGUUCACUUAUGCUAUCUCAUCACUUGCCUUAUGAAUUUAACUUAUGCUGCAUAUGGAUAACUGGUCACCAAAGUAAAUGCAGCUAUUACAGCUGUCAUUUAUUUAUUCAAAAUAAUUAUUUAAAAAAAAUUUAAAAAACCUUUAGUAUUUAUAAGCCUCUUGGGAUGUAUUAAAUCCUGAGGUGAUGUCACUUUUGAUGAAAAUGCUGUUUGCGCGGGCGCUGAGGAUGGUGUGUGGGAGUCUCUCCUCUUGUCACCCAAAGUAAUCGGUGUCGUUUUGACCAUGUUACCUCUUUUCCUUAAAAGGGAUGAGGGAGUUACUGUGCACUUGGGUACUAAAAGUACCAAAGCAAAAAGACUGGUGUAAAGAAGAGAGUGAUUUAUCUGAUACUGAUUUUAGAUAUUUUUUGGAGGGCAUUUAGGCUGUUAGUUUCUGUUCACUUUUUUUAAGGGCCUUCCACAGUGAAAGUUCACCUGACAACAAUAAAGGAUGUAAACAUUUUAUCUUUCUUUUAAUCUUGGGUCAAAAAGACAGAUCUCUGGGUUUUCUCUAUAGUGCCAAUUAUAUGAACUAUAAGAUACUAAGUUUUUAAAAUCAUGUAGUAGGUGCCAAUUUAUUCCAAAGUACAUUGUGUCAAAGUGUAACUAAUAAUCACCGCGCAAUAAAAAAUUGAGUUCAGAGAAAUUUCAGGCUGUCUUGAUUGUUUUAUUUCUUCUUUGAAUGUCUUUUUAGAAUGACAGUUUGUUCCAUGAGAGAUGUGAAUACUUUUAAGUUUCUCUAGGGGAUGAAUCUUGGUGACCUUUGGGUAGGAGAAGGUUUUGGCCCUUCCAAGCCCUCUUUUUGCCUGCUUGUCAUUAAACUGUUAGUUCCUGAACUUGACCUUUUCUAGCGUGUCUGUGAAGCAGCGACAUCUUGAGAUUGGAGUAGAAUUUGUGGCAUAAAUAAGUGUGUGCAGGUGUUCAGUGUCUUACAGGACUGCCUCCAGCUUCCCCGGACCAGCGCCCGGGACGAAUGCCGAGCAGGAGGCCUGCCCAGCUGCAAGAAGAACCCUGCAGAGCUCUGAUGACCCUGAUGACUUGCCCAUCCUGCUAGUUGAAGGUACGCUUAUUCCUGAUUCUUAAAAGGCAAGUGAGGUGUCUUGUCUAGUUGGGGGGGGCAUGGAUUUGUGUCAGACUUCUUUAUACUAUCACUUCAGUGUUGCAGUUUAGUCAGAGCAUUCGUGUGUGUGUGUGGCAGGGAGCGUUUUGAUUUUAGCAAUCGUGUUAUUACUAGAGGUGGAAUGUAACUGAAUAUUGUGGGGUUUAUUCAGCAAUCAUGGCAUUACUAGUGGUGGUGUGUACCCUGGACACAAACUGCCAUUUAAGAUUGGUAUUCAAACUAGGAAAAAAGAAAACCAACAGGCUCCAAGUUUCUUCACUUGUCUCUGAGUCUCUCAUACCGAUGUGAGGACAGGAGAGAGAGCCUGGUGUAUUAAUUAGAUCAAAAGUCUGUGACUGUUCUAAGUUAUUUCUAGCUGCGGUACCCCAUCUCAUACAGGUGUCUGCAGAAGCACUGGACACUUACAUGUAUACUAAUUGAGGAAACAAAGAAAUGAUUCAGCUACCACACUUGACCUGUUUACUGCGCUGGCACUGUGGGAUUUUUAUGCUCUGUGGUAUAGCUUACUUUUUUGAGCAAGUGACUUUUGGUAAUCAUUGUGAGGUUCUGUAGUUAUAUCAAGGACAAAAACUCUUUUGGUGAUUGGAUUUCCUUUUUGUGCUUAGAAGGCUGCUGAACCUUGGUAAUGAAGCUCCUUGUGGCUGGCACAGGUUUGGUACAGACAGGGCCAGCUCUCCUGUGAACUUGAAUGAACCCACCUCCAGUCAUGCUAAUGUGCUUCAGAUACAGAAUAUGGAAAACCUAUUAGGAAUCCCAAGCAAGUGGCCCAGCUGGAGUUACUGAUCGUAGCUCUCAGAAGCCAUAUUCGCUGAGAUCCAACGCCUGCUGCUUGCCUUGCAUUGCUCAGUUGGAACAACUCCUCCCCCCCACAUCGCUCCUUGCAAAGUCCUUCCUUGCGUUCCAGCAGCUGCCACUGGCAGUGAUCCCAUGGAACACGAAUCCUGGACAAGUCUGACGCUCCAACAUGAGUAAGCCCUACACAGUGUGGUCCAUGAUGGGAUUCUCUGUGAUGCAACUGAGGGGACAACCUCUGAAAGAAAAGCUGAAGAACGGAGCCCGUUUGUUUGUACAACUCUGCACUUCUGCCAAGACUUCACUAUAGGUGAUUUUCUUUUAUAGUGAAGAAAAUGCUAUACAGUAUGCUGAGACCCAAACCAAACAAAAAUCAAACCAAACUUGGCUAUUGUAGAUAUACCUAGCUCUGUGGCAGUUAGAGCUUAUUCUGUGUGUAUGCCCAAUCUGGUUCACCCCCUGUCCUACUACAACACAUCCUCAACACCCAAACGAAGAUUGCAAUUUCUCAUUUGCAUUAGGUGCACGUGUUCUAAUGUGCCUUGUUCGAAAACAUGCCUUGUUUUCCUUUGGGCUUUUCCCAUGUCCUGAACCAAAAGCAGAUCUCUGUGCUGGCUAAUUUUUUACAUGCUUCAGUGUAGCAAUAGACCAUGUUCUUUCUGUCUCUUUACAGAAAUCCAGUUCCCAGCUCGGCUUACCCACAGAUGCUUGCAGCACAACUGAAAGCUGUCUCACAUGUCAUCUACAGAUAGUUCAUUUAUUAGUGUUUGGAAGCCUUUUAUGCUUUUCAAGAAGGUGGGGUUGUCCUAGCAGCAGCAGACCACAGAGUUGUUCUCCUGGCGCUCAGCAAAAGUGAGGAGCCUGCAGUCUCCAGUGAAGAGUGACUCUGGAUUCCUGGUUGAAAGCAAAGGUUGUUGCUUUCCUGGAGGAGGAUUUGUUCCCUUCUGUAGCAGCUUAUUUCCUGCCUUUCUAGGACUACAGUGUUUUUUGAGCAGAGACUUUGGUCCAGAAAUGGCAGCUUCACCAAGAAACAGCUCUGGAGCAUCAAAAUGUCAUCAGAUUCCAUGUUCUCCUGAAGGCCAUAGCUACUAUUUCAAAGAGCCUUAUUCCGAAGAAACAGCUCAGCCAGGCCAACAGCAGCACGUUUGGCCUUGUUAGAGGAAACUUACUGUCUGAGCAGCAGGGCUGGCCAACCUGCUUGCCAGGCUGAUAACCAGAGGACAAUACACUCUUCUGACACCCCUGGGGCUUCACAGCGUAAGUCUUGUUGCCUUUCUACGGUACUUUGCUCCCCAGGUUACCUGUGAGCCCAACCUCACAAUCAAUGCAUGGAUCUGGCCCAAACGUUUUGCUCUCCUUUCCCAAACCGAGCGGCUGGAUGUCUUCACUGGGAA